GAUAAGUUUACACGUCUCGAUGUAAGUUAACUGUGGGUUCGAUUUCAUUCGGAUGUUUGGGAAAAUUGUUUAAGAAACAUAGCAUACCGUUGUUCAUUUAAUCAAGCAACAUCAGUGCUAUAAAAUCGACUGCUCUAUCAGAGGCGUUCAUUUAACGCAACACCAUCGUUGACCACUGAUUCUUUCGUAAUUAUUCAAGAUAGAGGGUGAAUAAACCAUGAAGUGUUUAGUGAUUCUUUUAAUUACUCUGCAAGUGAGUUUAAUUGAAAAUCGAAAAUUUAUGUUUUUCUUAAAAAUCAUUAUUAAAACUCUAUUUGUGUUACAGUUUCACUAUGGUUUGUUCGCUAAAUUGGAAUCGAAAGAAAAUCAAACAGAGGUGGACCAGCAGAGAAGUGCCCGAGUGCACAGGGUUUCCGAAUACCCUGAAGGUCUCCUUACAAAGUACACCAUGAACCAAGGAUCGUCUGAACAAUUUUCAUCAGGAACUCAGAAGAUUCUUCAGACAUUUUCAGAGAAACUUCAGUCUACCCUUCCGGAUUUGAAUGAUCUCAUUCAACGCGAGGCACAGCUGUUCAAAGAAUUGAAUGGUAUCCUGAAAGAACUGCCUCGAGAGGAGGCGAAUAAGUUGAAGAACGUUGAUCUCGCGAUUAACGAGAUGACGGAUAUAUCUUCAUCAGCGACGUUCACUAAAUCAUUACUGAGGAAUGCUAAUCAUCUGAAUAAUAAUCUUUUAAAUUCACCGGAGGAGUUAGACAUUUAUCAUCAAGAUGGCCAGGAUGAUGAGAAGCAAACAAAGCCAAGAUCAUCAGUCUCACAAAUUGAAUCAACAAAUGAUGUAGAAUUGAAAGCAGUGAAGAACAUUGCUCAGUACUUGGACAACGUAUUAAUAGAAAUCCAGAAUCAUAUAACUUAUGUUCGUGGUGUGUUCGAGAAACUCUGCAGGAAACAUCAUCCCUUCACUCGAUUAAAUGGAAAUAAUAUGGCGAAAUUUGCAUCGAUGAAUCAACCUAAGAAAGUUUCUAUACUUUAAACUCAUUAUUCACUAUAUUUUUAUUUUCAAAAAUAUAUUAUUGUAUCUUAAUUAAUAAAUAUUGGUAUAGUUAAAUUAUUAUUCUUGAA